AUGAAGUCCGCUUUUAAAUCUGAGUAUCCGUUCGAGAAACGUAAAGCGGAAUCGGAACGAAUCAGUCAAAAAUUUGAGAAUCGAAUCCCUGUGAUUUGUGAAAAGGCAGAGAAAUCAGAUAUUCCGGAAAUCGAUAAACGUAAGUACUUGGUACCUGCAGAUCUUACAGUGGGCCAAUUUGUUUACGUGAUUCGGAAACGGAUCAAAUUACCUGCCGAAAAGGCUAUUUUCAUUUUUGUUAACGAUACGUUACCUCCUACAGCGGCACUAAUGUCUGCCAUUUAUCAGGAGCACAAGGAUAAGGAUGGCUUUUUGUAUGUGUCGUAUUCGGGUGAAAACACUUUUGGCAACGGAGCGUGA